UGCUGAUUUCGGGGCGAUCCAUCCGGUCGGUGUAUAUUCCGCUGGCCGACGCCAUGGCGACCUUCCACGUGCGACUCAACAUGGAGGACGCCGACGACGAUGGCGAUAGCACGACGACGAUGGCCUUCGAGGUCGGGAACCCCCGCGUCGAGGUGCUCACGGGCCGCCUGCGCCUCUUCCGGUCCAUGCCGCAUCACGCGCGCCACGAAGAGACCAAGGACGACGACGAGGGCAGCGACCAGUGGCUGCAUCUCUCGACAAACGCGAUCCUCGAGAUGAACUUGACGCUCCUCGGCUUUGUGAGCCUCCCGCUUCAUGUCGGUCCGCUCGAGCUCCUCGAGUUUACCCAAGCCUUCCGCGACGAGAUUGUGCUCAUGCGGCUCCUGCGCGACGCCAACCCGCGCCACCCGACGCGCAUGGCGCUCGUCCAGUUUGCGAGCGCCGCCAAGGCCGCUCAGUUCUACGAAGCGUUCAAUGGCACGCGCUUCAACUCGAUCGAGCCCGAGCGCUGCAAGCUCGUGUUUGUCCGCUGCAUCGAGUUUGUCCGGAGCGCACACCCGCCGAGCGCCGGGCCGCUCCCGCGCGUCAACGGCCACCUCGUGGCCAACGGCAUGCUUCCGGCCUUCAACGACGACGGCCUGCGCUGCGACGCGCCCGAUGGCCACGUGGAGAUCCCCACCUGCCCCGUGUGCUUGGACCGCCUCGAUACGUCCGUCUCGGGCGUCCUCACGACCUUGUGCAACCACACGUUCCACUGCGACUGCCUCUUUGGCUGGGAAGGCUCGAGCUGCCCCGUGUGCCGGUACAGCCACGGCGACAUGGUCUCGACGUGCGAGGUCUGCGAGACGACCGAGCACCUCUGGAUCUGCUUAAUCUGCGGCCACAUUGGCUGUGGCCGGUACUCGAACGAGCAUGCCAAGAAGCACUACCAAGAUACCAUGCACACGUACUCGCUCGAGCUCGAGACACAGCGUGUGUGGGAUUAUGCUGGCGACGGGUAUGUGCAUCGACUCAUCAUGAACAAGCAAGACGGCAAGUGCGUCGAGUUUCCCAACCCAAAUGCACACGCGUCCAUGGACGACGAAGCCAGCGACGAGCAUCUCAAGCUCGAGAAGCUCGCUGCCGAGUACAACCACCUCCUCACAAGCCAGCUCGAAGAGCAGCGGCUCUAUUACGAGCGCCGCAUGGGCGACGCCACCGAGCGCCGCGCCCUCGACCACGAGCGCAAGUCGCUCAAGCGCCAGAACGAAGCGCUCGCAAAGAAGACGGCGCAGCUCGAAGAAGAGCUCGUGUUCGUGCGGGAGCUCAACAAGUCGCUCAUUGAGAACCAAGCAAGCUGGAAGGAGCGCGUCAAGUGCGCCGAAGACAAGGUGCAAACGCUCGAGCGCAGCACGCAGGCGCGCGUCGACGACCUCGAGUCGCAGAUCAAGGACCUCAUGUUCUACCUCGACACGCAAAACAAGGUCGAGCACAGCGUGCACAAGCGUGAGAUCCAAGACGGCGCCAUCUCGGUGAUCGCGCCCGAAGCGGACGUCAAGCCCAAGGCCAAGCGACCGUCCAAGAAGCGCUAACGCAUCGUUUGUAUGCAUACAUGUAUUACGUGCUAUCUUCGUCGUCGACGAUCACCAUGAAAACGCAGCGCCUAGUGAAACUCGUUGGGCGCCGUCCACGGCUUCUCGUCUUCCGAGUCGUAGUAGUCAAAGAGACUCGACGACUCGAGCCCGAGCAGCGGCUUCUCGCGGUGGAUGCGCAUGCUCUCGACAAAGAGCUUGACGAGGCUCACGUUGGUCAAGAGCGGGAUCGAAAAGUCGGCGGCCGUCCGGCGGAUGAGGUAGUUGUCCUUGAGCCGCUUCGAGUCGGACGUCGGGAGGUUGAUGACGAGGUCGAUCUUGCCUUCUUUAAUGUAGUUGAGCACAUUCUCUUCGG